AUGGGGCAACAGACGCCGCACAUGCGACGCCUCUUGCUUGCUGCUCUACGGUGCAGCUUGCUGCUAUUGCUGCUUCAUGCUAUCUGCAUAGAACCUUUUGAAUCAAGCGACGGGACAUCAGGGGAUCCUUCGCAUAAGUUAGAAAAUAAUAAGCGGGAAUCUGGGGCAUCGAGAAAGGCUCGUGGUGCCGAGGAUGCCUCUGGGGCUAGCGAUGUUUCGAAGCAUGUGCCGUCGGAUGGUCCUGCUGGGGGCGAUGCCUUAGACGCGUUCUUGAAGACGGGCAGCAGCAGCAGCAUAGACAGCAACAAUAGCGGCGGCAACAGCAGCAAAAACAGCGGUAAGGAAGGACUUUCGCUGAAUCUGCUGCAUUUGCUGUGGGAGCCGCUGACCGACACAGGUGAGUCUCGGCGCCUUUUUGAUAGUUGCGUCGCCGCGGAGGCCCCGAUUUUACUUGACUUCAACCACAGACCGCUGUUACAGGGCAUCACACCAGAGCUGAAAGAGGUGGAGGAAGAAAAUGAACGUCUUCGCAGGAGGGUGUCCCCCAUUCAAAUCCCCGAGUAUGCUAGCAGCAGCAGCUCCAAACCGUUGCAGCAGCAGCAGUACUGGGACGAAAUCAGUGACGACAAGCCGUUGGGGUUGCAGGUUGAAGAGAGCAACAGCAGCGGCAGCAAAUUCUACUGGGUUCCUCUGGCACAGCGGCAAGCACGCAGCUGGUGGGUGGACAAGUUUACUUGGAACCCGGCAGUGGACCCUUCAGGAGAGUCCGCCGGCAGUUCAGGAAAAGCAACAUCUCGAGUGGCCCUCGGGCCGCAGCCUCCUUCCUCUUUGUCCUUAGGAGAUGUAGUUGAAGUGUUUGACCUUCGGGACUUCGGCACAUCAGCGUUGUAUCAUCCUGAAGCUUAUGGAGACCAGCUGCAGUGCGGGGGCCUGUAUUCUCCAGUGUAUCUUAUGGACAAACCUUUGGGGCCGUUAGCUGCAGCUUGUUCCUUUAGACACCUUUCCGCUUUUGCGGAGAAGAUGGGACAGUUAGUGCGCCUCCAUGCGGCAGGUUCCAAUUCAAGGCUCCCCCCUGCAUCACCUGUUGCUGCGGUCCCACCUGCUGCGUUUUCUCUAGGGGAGGAGGACGCAGCUGCCGCAGCAGAAUUGGAAGCAGCAGCAGCCCCUUCGAAUGAGGCGAGUGCAGCGGAAUCAGAAUCAGUAGUAGAGCUAGCAGAUGAGAGGCUCUUUGAGGGGGAGGAAUUGGACGGGACCAACGCCACCAGUGCCGAGGAGCUGAGGAGUUCGAUGGGCGGAUACGAUCCGACCCGCAAGUGGUGGCACGGCCUUGUAACCUCCCCUUACGGGCUUUUGCCCGAUAGGCCAAACGUCGCAAAGGCCCUCUUUCAGCUGAAGGGCAGAGUGUGGCCAGAGGUGAAGGCUGCUGAAGACCUGUUUUUCCCGAUUGCCGCGUUGCAUGCAUUGCAGAGAAAUAGAGGACCGGAGCCCGUCGUGUUUUCCUUGGCUUCCUCAAUCUUUAAUUGUCGUGCGCAUCUUCCCUACCGUUUGCUGCCGUCUAUUGGGAGACGUACAGUGGAGCGCUUUGCUGCACCACCGUCUCCUCUGCUAGAACUGUUCAAUAAGCAUCAGGCAACAGUCGAUAUUCCCUUGGAGAUGCGGGCACUAGGCGGAGAGGUGUUUGCGGACGGCAGGCAAUUCAAGGGUUCGCGGAGACUCGAGCGCGUGCACCGACUGUACUUUCGGUCAGCUCUUGUGCUUUGGCAGUUCGCAUACUACGCAUAUAGAAUCUCGGAUCUCAUUGACGACUACACCAACGUUCCUCUCGACGAAGUACUUUUAAAACACUUCAUUCCUUCCUACGUCGGCACCGCCCUUUUCUCGGAAAAUGCUCUUAUGCACUCUGUUGGGGGCCGUUUGACGGAGGCAGGGUCUCGCGCGCUAUCAAAUUCUAACCUGAAGCUCGUUCGCUCAAUCGGAUUUCCACCCCGUGUGGUGCGAGCUUCGCGGUCCCCCGAAGCUUCCUCUUUGGGGGCCACUGAACCCUAUAUCUUGGAUGAAAGGACGCGGGAAUUGGUGGACGCCAAGGCAGUGCCAUCCCUUUCGGAGAUCGUCGGCAACCCCAAGCCUCCGCACACUAUUGUGCAGGACAAACGGCUUCCAUCUAUUAAUCCGGAUGUCUGCGAUCGAGAUGCCACUCACCGCAUGACAAUACCAGCACCUCUGGUCUUCAGAUGGGAUUUGAACCUCAAAUCGUCCCCUGCUGCUGGUGAUUCACCUGCUGCAGCGAAGAAGACUGCAAGUGCUGCUUCAGCCACAGCAGAGGCAGCAGCAGGAAGCGAUAGUGCAUUCGGAAACGUUGCCACGCUGCCGUCCUUGGUGUUGAAUGUUGACGAGGAUGUAGGCAUAGGGGCCAGUGACAGAGAUGGUCAACAGCCACGGGAAGGAGAGACGUUGGCGAUACCCGUACACCGAGCAGACGUCAUAUGGGCAUUCAAAGGCACAGGCCAGCCUAAGCAAUGGACGUUUAACACGAUGGUAGGAGCGAUUCGCGAUCCAUUUUUUUCCCCGAACGCCUGGGUACAUUCGGGAUUGAACUUUUUGUUCCACCAGACAAUCAGAAAACCCAUGACACGUUUUGUUCAUGAGGUUAAGCUUAUUCUUCGCCGCCGCAGUAGAAGCAAAAGCACCAAGAAGAAACCGUUCGUGGUUGUGUUCACGGGACAUUCCCAGGGAGGGGCCUCUGCCAGCUACGCGGCAUGGUUUGUCUCGAAACACCUCAGUGCGUUCGUCAAGAAGGGCCUUGUCGCAGUUUACUGCAUAACCUUCGCUUCUCCUAUGAUAGGCGACAAGGCUGCGAUUGAGGAGCUGAAUAGGCACGGCGCGAUAUAUCACCACAUUGUCCUUGACGUUGAUCCUGUUCCUGACUUGCGGCAGUCAAAAGGAAAAGGGUAUAUGGAGCGCGACUGGGAACAUACUGUAGUGAUUCCGCUGCAUUCGCUUGCCCGCGCCCACGUCUUUGAACGCAAGGGGGGGGAUAUUUUGUACUCGGGACUGUGUUGGCUGGAUGAGUCCGUGAGGGUGGGAAGCCGCUUGAGGAGAGUUGUUGGUUAUGCAUCGCGGGUAACGGGCCUUAAGAAGUAUUUCAAGUUCAAACAAAGCAUGACGCUUGUCUGGACUCACGUUCACGCCCUCCCGUGCAGCAUUACCCUUCUUGCGGACCUGCUCCCUGAAGCCACAUGGAGCAGCUUCUGUAGCAGCCCUUUCAUCCACACCUGGUUAGGAAGACCUUAUGUUGCUGGACCCGAGCUCGAUAUUGCCCUAGAGACCACUUGGCGCCAAGAAGUUCCAGGGAUGGCCUUGCGCAUGAAACGCAAGCUCAAGAUGGACAAGAAUUUUCUUGACACCGCAGCUGCAGAAGUGGAGAAGGCUUACCAGGCAGCUUCAGAAAGAGAUCGGCAUAGAGACCUUUAG